GUGAGCAGGCUUCAAACGAACCGGCCUCCAACCUGUGUAAACCACGCCAAGUUGACCUUCGAAGAAAGCGUCAAAGCCUGCAAAGCACUGGGAAUGAGCCUUCUACCAGAUAACUUCGUCGUAGGGACUUACGAAAGCCUGUUGGGAAGCUACCAAGGCAGUCAAGGCACGGCGUACUGGCUUAGUUCUCCGGAAAGGGCCAUCAAGUCAUGCGCAGCCCUCGUGAGCAAUGAAACUACGUUCAUACUAUUCGGAAUAGACUGUUCCACGAAGUUUCAUUCCCUUUGUGUGUUCGACAACCCCGCAACCACCGCUACGAUUACUGCCACUGCUACCACAGUAGUGCUACGUAAUACUUAUAUAACCCCUACAACAACUACUAUAAGCACCACAAUUGUCACUCCAACUGAAUGCCAAAGAAUGGAUGGGUGGCCAUCGACAAAGGUUGGAGGCAAGGCGACUAAACCGUGUGGUGGAAACAAAACUGGAGUGAUAAUCAGGACGUGCGAAUACGGUGGUCACUGGUCGAAGGGCGAGGACACAUCCUACUGCAAGUCACCAGCGGUCGCGGUGUUGGAACAAGCUGUCAAAGAAAGCAAGAACUUAGAAGAAGUAACUGAUGCCCUCCGAAGAUUCACUGGCCACGUCCAGGAGGAUGGCUACGUCAGAAGCGUAUCUUCGGCUCUUGCAAGUGUCAUGGAACAAAUUGACAUGCUCCUCAGUAACACAUUCGAAAGCGAACGGGCCAAUCAGACGCGACAGCUGGCCGAAACAGUUGUCGACCUCGCCAGCGCAACCAUGCAAAAGCCACAUAUCUGGAGUAUGAUACCAGAGAGGGAGAGACUUGACACGGCAGCCGGUUUGGCCCACAGAGUCGAAGACAUUUUCAUCAGGAUGAUCAUCCACCAGUAUCCAAUCUUAACAGAAACGAGGUUCGGAAAAGAGAACAUAACUAUGAUGGUGAGGCCGGUGACUCAGGAAAGCCUCAACGACACAACCGUACUCAAUUUGGACACUGGUGCAACUGUCAAGUUACCUCCUCGCUUUCUGUCAGGAGGACCGAAAAAUGCAGCCAUCAUAUUCUCUGAAAACACCCUCGUGAAGGAUAUAGUUCAAACAAGUUCGUCGCAGGCGCCAGCCAAGUAUCCCAUCCUGGCAACAUCUUUUGUCACCGCUUCAAUAUUGUCGAAUGGUGAACGCACCUCAAAAAUAAACGGGAACGUGACACUUUCUUUCAAGUACAACAACGCGCUCAAAGAGCUGACGCCCAAAUGCUCUUUCAUACGGAUCAAUGCUAACGGCAGCAGUGAGUGGAGUACUGAAGGCUGCACACUUGUGAGGAUAACAGAGAACGAACUCGAGUGUUCAUGCAAUCACCUGACUGUAUUCGCCGUGAUCAUGAGUGGCAAAAAUAUCGUCGACGUGGAUGACAUCAUCAGACUCGAGUGGAUCACGAAGAUUGGAUGUGGCAUCUCCAUCGUAUGCCUGGUCACUUGCAUCGUCAUAUUCUCCGUGUACAGACAGUUGAGGGGCAUUAGGAACACCAUUCAUCGAAACCUCUGUCUGUCGCUCUUGAUCGCCGAGAUUAUUCUCCUGGCUGGAAUGCAAAGAGUUCCAAAUGACUGGAAGCCGCCGGAGCCACCUAUACCAAGGAUCGAGGUGCCUGUUUCCUGUACUAUCGUGGCCUUCCUGCUUCACUUCUUCUUCCUGGCCGCCUUCGGUUGGAUGGCGCUGGAAGGCUGCCACAUCAUCGUGCUCCUCUGGAAAGUGUUCAACCAGAAGCGCACCUACUACGAGAGGUACUACUUCGCCGGAUACGGAAUUCCCCUCAUAAUUGCAAGUAUAACCCUUGGAUGUCGAUACGACUUGUAUGCUAACAGGAGGGCCGACGACAGAUUCUGCUGGAUUCCCGAAGAGAAAGGCGUCCGGUACAGCUUCAUUGGACCUGUUGCCGCAGUUAUACUGCUCAACGUGGGCGCACUUUGUCUCGUCUUAUGGAAGAUGUCUCAUGUGCGUCUUGUGGUUGAAAAGUCGACGGCUGAAAAAGUGAAGAAUUGGGUGAGAGGGACAUUCAUCCUGUUGCCCAUACUAGGGGUCACGUGGCUUUUCGGCUUCCUCAUGCUCGGAGAUAAGGACUUGCACAGGGUCGGAGCUUAUUUAUUCACCAUCUUCAAUUGCCUGCAGGCGACUGUGCCAGGUGGUCGCUAG